AUGCAAAUUUCUCAUAGCUCCAAGGCUUCAGAAGAAGAUAUCCCUGUACUGCAUGGCUCGUCUGGUGGUGAGACUGGAAAUGAAAAUCUUGGACACAAAAUGACACAACUGGAAAAAAAGUUGAAUGAAAUCAAAGAAAAUGUAGAAGAAUUUGAUGAAGUGAGGCAGAAGGUUGGUGAGAUGAGACUGGAAGCAGAAAAGGCGUCAAAGAGCAAGUCUGAAAUCAUUGAUGAAUUACAAAAUAGCAAGAUGCAUCAAGAAAUGGCUGUUGCCUCGCUUAAUCGAAAGGUGGGAAGUUUGGCUGUGGGCAUGCAGAGGAUCCUCUCGGACACAAAAGCAUUCCAGAGCCUCCAGUAUCGAUUUGAAAAGGAGUUGGCUGAGAUGAAGCACAAUGUGGGUGCUCUUUCUCUCCAGGUGUCAAACAUUUUGGAACAGACAUCUCAGCUGCCUUUGGACCUAACCAGCAUUAAGCAAAGGUCUGAAGCCCUCACCAAAGAGAUGAACAAUAUAAAGAACAAAGAUAACAGCCUAAUGCAGGACCUGAUGGCCAUGAAAAGUGAAAUGACUUCCACGCAUCAGUCGCUGGAACCCCAACUUAAGGAAAUCAAAAUGUCACAGGCCACAAUCAUUGAGGACAUGUCACACUUGGGCAAUUCGGAGGAAAACAACCGGAAGAAAUUGACGGAGCUACAAACCAGAAUCGACCAUAACGGAGAGGACACCAAAGAGACAGUGACAUCUGUAAACACACUUCGUACUCAAACGCGGGCAAUGGAACAGACAAUAAAAGAAACACAGACUGACAUAAGCAAGCUUAAUGAGGUCUUAGAAAAUUCUUUCUUGACUCUCGUUACUUCGUUCUUCUUCCAAUGCCCGUACAUACAUCUGUAG